GAAGCACCGAACAGUCUGAAGCUCCAACCAAAGCCACCGAUCAACAGACAGACAGACAUGUGCAUCCCCAUCUGCAUCCCGUGCGACGACGACUUCGCCUGCUGCCUGUGCGGCUCGCUCACCGCGCUCUGCUGCUGCUGCGGGGGCGACGACCGCCGGCGCCACGACCACCACCGCCACGCGCCGCCGCCGGACCGCGUGGUGUACGUGAACCCCGUCGUCGUGCAGCGAGGGCCCCCGCACCACGGCUACCCGCCGCACCACGGCGGCUACUACGACCGAGUGUAAGCGAAGCAAGACAAGAAGAGAACACCCUCAAGACCCGUCGCUUUCACAGCCUCAAGACUGCCGAGGCAAGUCGCUCGUGCCCUCCCACGGCUGUACAGUAUUUAGUAUUAGAUUAGAAGCUCGAUCGAUAGCCGCUGCCUGCAAGAACGGCAGUAGCUACGGAAUACACGGAUUUUGACCCCUA